AUGUGCUAUUAGCUUACGCAAAUCUCAACUUUCCAAGUUUGUAUCACAGCAAAAACUCAACUAAACGCACAUGGGGAAAUUCCUGAUCAAGUUUGAGGCUCAGCUCUGUGCCACAUUGCUAUCGCUGGUUAACCCAAUUCGAGGGUUAUCAGCGGGGCAUAUUUGCAUAUAAAGUUGGAGCACCUGUGGCGCACCUUGAGCACCUGAUAGCCCGCCAAGUUCAGGCCGAGGCUUGUGGUUUUUUGUGAAGCAUUUUUCCGUUUUGGUUUGCGACCGCAGUCAGUUGGCAACGAGACGUACACAAUGCCCCAUCGAAUGCGCCAGAAUCUGUUGUUGCCCGCGACGCCAACGGCGACCCAGCACGAUCCGCGCACACAUUUGCGGCAUUUGCCGCCCGCCUACAGCUUGGCCCAGACGCCCUACAGCCGGGACAAGGAUUUUGCGCCCCAGCUGCGCUACCAACUGGAGCUGCCGCGCAAGCCCAAGCUGCGUCCCUGCAAGGUCAUCUUUGUGGGUGACUGCGCCGUGGGCAAAACGGCCAUUGUGAAUCGCUUCUGCUACGACAAGUUCCAGUCGAACUAUAAGGCAACCAUUGGCGUUGACUUUGAGCUGGAGAACUUUAGCAUAUUGGGUCACAAUUUCGGCCUGGAGAUGUGGGAUACGGCUGGCCAGGAGCGUUUCAAGUGCAUAGCGGGCGCCUAUUAUCGCAAUGCUAGUGUCAUUGUGGCCACCUACGACAUGGCCAAGCGCGAGUCUCUAGAGGCUGCCAAAAAGUGGCUUUCGAGCGCCCUCAACUACAACACAACGCAGAAACCUUUGAUAUUUCUAGUGGGCACAAAAGCAGAUCUCUUGACCAAGGAGGAGUUCGUGCGAAUGGAGCGCCUCGCGGGCGUGGCAGCUGCCGAGCUGCAGGCCGAAUAUUGGUCCGUAUCGGCGCGUUCCGGUUACAAGAUCAACGAAUUCUUUCAACGUUUGGCCGCAUUGGCCUUUGAAACGGCCAUGCAGCAACAAUUAAAAUUAUUAAAGAGCACAGCAGAGGAGCAGACGACACAAACGCCAGAAAAGUCGCAAAAAUUUGACUUACGCAGUUAUUUCACAAGUCGCUCCAGCAAACAAAAGAGUGGCUGUGCCUGCUGAUUAACACACACA